UCGAUUCUUUGCAGACUGACCGGAUUUUAGCGGCACACUCCGGAGGAAGCGGCUAAUCCCACUCCAACGUCCACCACUUGAGACUCAGCGAACUUUUUCCACUCUUCACUUCAAGAUUAACAACCGGACCUGCUCACCUCCGACACUCACAGGAAUACCUGGCUUGUAUAUUAAGACAGAAGCUUUGAAGAUACAGAGCUGAGCUGGGAGGAAUCACUGAUUCACAUUCUGCUGAUUUGUUUGUUUUUUUUCUUUUAAAUUUUCUUUUUUUUGUAAUUUUGGGGUGGGGUCUGAAAGUGAACAUCGCCAUGUCUUGCGGUGAUGCGUCGGAUCAGAGCCGGCGGUUCUGCGUCUUGUCUUGGGAUCAGGUGCAGCGCUUGGACUCGAUCCUGGCGGAGGCUGUCCCCAUCCACGGCCGAGGAAACUUCCCCACUCUCUCCGUGCAACCCCGCCAGAUUGUACAGGUUGUGCGGGCGAGGCUGGAGGAGAGAGGUGUGUGUGUUAAAGAUGUGAGGCUGAACGGAUCUGCUGCCAGCCAUGUGCUCCAUCAGGACACUGGACUGGGCUACAAGGACCUCGACCUGAUCUUUGGUGUUUCGCUGAAAGAUGACCAGGCCUUCCGUCUGGUGAAGGACGUCGUGCUGGACUGCCUGUUGGACUUCUUGCCAGCCGGGGUCUCUAAGGAGCGCAUCACAGCACUGACCCUCAAAGAGGCCUAUGUACAGAAACUGGUGAAAGUCUGUAAUGAUACGGACCGCUGGAGCCUCAUCUCGCUGUCCAACAACACGGGCAAGAAUGUAGAGCUUAAAUUUGUGGACUCUUUGCGGCGGCAGUUUGAAUUCAGCGUGGACUCCUUCCAGAUUUGCCUCGACUCUCUGCUCUUAUUUGACCGCUGCUCAGAGACGCCCAUGUCUGAGAGCUUUCACCCCACUGUGAUCGGGGAGAGUGUGUAUGGGGACUUCAAGGAGGCCAUGGAUCACCUGUGUCAGAGGACCAUAGCUACACGCAGCCCUGAAGAAAUCAGAGGGGGCGGUUUAUUGAAAUACUGCCACCUGCUGGUGCGAGGGUUCAGACCCUCUUCAGAGGCGGACAUGAAGCAGAUGCAGCGCUACAUGUGCUCACGCUUCUUCAUUGACUUCCCUGACAUCGGCGAGCAGCAGAGGAAGCUGGAGGCCUACCUGCAAAACCACUUUGCUGGGAUGGAGCACAAACGUUACGAGUGUCUGAUGACUCUGCACCAAGUUGUGAACGAGAGCACUGUGUGUCUGAUGGGCCACGAGCGGCGCCAGACGCUCAGCCUCAUCUCCAUGCUGGCGCUGAAGGUGCUGGCUGAGCAGAACGCCAUCCCCACUGUGACGAAUGUCACGUGUUACUACCAGCCAGCUCCUUACGUACAGGACAUCAACUUCAGUAAUUACUAUAUUGCACACGUGCAGCCACCGCAGGUCUCACCGUGCAGUCAUUCAUAUCAGACGUGGCUGCCCUGUAGCUGAACUGGCUGUGAGAAGGACAGAGGUGGAUGUGUCUCCAUCGCUCUUUAUCUUUCAAAGGAAGCGGACUGAAAAUACACGACAAAGGAAACCCAUGUUUGCCAAAUGUGACUUGACUAAAACAAUCCUGUACUUCUGUACAUCUGAUUGAGCCGACACAUUAAUUUUUCUCACUUUACUCUUGCAAAACAUCUGUAAGAUUGCUGGUCAUUUCUGAGAUGUAGCGAUAAUAUCUUAUUUAAGUAUUAAAAAAAGUCUUUAUGAAGCUUUAUAUAUUGUAUGUCAGAAAUACAUUUUUGAGGAAACAAACAUUGAAGCUGGUGUAAUUUUCAUACUCUGGCUUUAUUUUUUUUUAAAUUACAUACCGGACCAAAGAUGUAUUUGUUCUUCAGAAAGGGAAUGUUGUUAUGAUUCCAAGUGCCUAAAAUGAACCAUGAAAUGUUCUAAAAACAUCUGUAAAGUGAGAACUGUGCAUUCAGUGUUUUCUAGAUUACUCCGUUUAUCUUUUCAGGAACAGAAGCAUUCAUUUUUGUGAAAUUAAAAAAAAGAAAAACUCCA